AUCGACUAUGGCACCGUUAAAGAAACAAAAGUCCAAGUACGCCAGGAAGCCCCGGGCGAGCUUGAAGAACCAAAUGUUGAGAGAGUCCAGGGUUGUGAAGGCUGACAGCUUAAAGUGGAAGCCUGUUGAGAUCCCCGACAACUUAGAUAAUUAUGAAGGACUCUAUGGCUUGGAGGAGAUUGAUGGUGUGGAUGUGGAAAUUGUCAACGGUCAGGCCCAGUUUAAGGUCAAAGACGACAAGAAAUUCCAAGAUAAGCAGGAGAAGAAGAAGCAGAAGAAUCAGAAUUCAAAGGACAACAAGAGUCCUGAUAAUGAUGAGUCUAUGGAAAUAGAUGGAGAUGAGACACAAAUUGAGACAGAGGAAGAGGUAGAGGAAGAAGAGUUUACGGGUUUUGACGAUGAAGUUGUGCAAGAACAACCUCAAACCGCUAAUGAGCUCGAUGAAGAGCUCGUCCAGAGCGCCUUUGACUUCAAUGUCGAGUUGCCAGAUGACAACAUUAGUCUUCCUCACUGGAGUAGCCUUUCCCUCAGUGGGUAUGCUUUAACUGGCCUAAACGAACUUAAGUUCACCUCACCCACACCCAUCCAAAAGAAGUCCAUUCCUUUGGGUUUGGAAGGUAGAGAUAUUAUUGGUAAAGCUACUACGGGGUCUGGUAAAACUCUAGCAUAUGGAAUUCCUAUUCUUGAAAAGUACUUAUCCAACUUAGAAACCAUCAAAGCCAACCGCAAAAACGGCAUCAUCAACUCCCCAACGGGAAUUGUGUUUGUGCCUACAAGAGAAUUGGCCCACCAGGUGGUCGACCAUUUGAACAACAUCUCCAAGUUCUAUCCUCUACCCCCAAACGGAAUUGUUAGCAUCACCGGAGGUCUUUCGAUUCAAAAGCAAGAAAGACUCUUGAAGUUCGGCCCUGGCCUUAUAGUGGCCACUCCUGGACGGUUUUUGGAGUUAUCGGAGAAAGACGAAGAGCUUUUGAAGAGAUGGAGUUCUACGGACAUUGUGGUUUUGGAUGAGGCUGAUAGACUUUUGCAAGACGGGCAUUUUGACGAGUUCGAGAAGAUUUUGGAGUUGUUCAAAAAGCACAGACCAGGAAACUUAGCCACCUGGAAGUGGCAGACAUUGGUAUUUAGUGCCACUUUUGCCAGAGAGUUGUUUGGGAAGUUGAGCAAGACCGUCAAGGCCAAGGAUCAAACUGGGUUGAUUGAAAACGAUGAAAUUUUGAAGCUUUUGAACGAAAAGUUGCACUUUAAAGAUAAACUGCCGGUAUUGAUCGAUGCUAACCCCAAAGAAAUUGUUUCUGGCCAAAUUGCCGAAGCUUUGGUCGAGUGUGGAGCCACCGAACGUGAUUUGUACUUGUACUAUUUCCUUUUGGUGUAUAAAGGAUCUACCUUGGUAUUCGCCAAUUCCAUUGACUCCGUGAAGCGGUUAGUUCCGUUUUUAAACUCGUUGAACAUCCCAGCGUUUGCUAUCCACUCCUCAAUGAUCCAGAAACAACGGAUGAGAUCUUUGGAACGGUUCAAGGAAGCUACUGCCAAAAACAGCAUCUCGGUGUUGGUGGCUUCGGAUGUGGCUGCCAGAGGUUUGGAUAUCCCCAAUAUCGACCAUGUUGCCCACUACCACUUGCCACGAUCGGCAGACGUUUAUAUCCACAGAUCUGGAAGAACUGCCAGAGCUGGCAACGAAGGUGUUUCGGUGAUGUUCUGUUCUCCCCAAGAAGCGUCUGGUCCUCUCAGAAAAUUGAGGAAAUUGGUAGCUUCCAAUGCUACUCACACUAGACUCAACGUCCAUAGCGACGUGAAGUUAUUGCCUAUUGAAGAAAACUUGGUGAGCCAAGUCAGACCCCGGGUUAUGUUGGCUUCCAAAUUGGCUAAUGCUGCCAUCUCCAAUACAUCAUCCAAAAAGGAGAAUACAUGGGUAAAACAAGCGGCUGAAGACUUGGGAAUCGAAGAUAUGACCAACAUUGACGACUUUCAAGACGAUUUCAUCAAGAAACAGAAGAAGAGAAAUGAGAGUAGAGCAUUGACCAAAGAUGAGUCGAAGGGUAUACGAUACGAGUUGAAACAGCUAUUGAGUCAACCACUUCGGAAGUUGGCCAGAAGGUCAUACUUGACGAGUGGAUUGGAGAACUUGGCGCAUAUAAUGGUUAGUGGGAAGACUCAUAAAGAUAUUUUGGGACAUCAGAAUGUCAAUGCGUUGGAAGAUUUGAGGGGCAAGAAGCAGGUUAAGCCAAAGCCAAAGGAGAAGUCGGAUGAGAAGACAAAGCAGACUAGACCACAAGCAAACAAGCCAGAGGAAAGCAAGAAACAUAAGCCCAAGAAAUUCGACCUGAAAAUGAAACUGAAUAAACCAGACAAGAUUAUUAAACCCGGAAAUCAUAACCAACCGAAUGGCAAUAUCAGGAAGAAUGGUUCUAUAAAGAGCAAUACCAAAAAAAACUAGUUCUAUAAAGGGCAAUAGCAGUAAAACUUAAAUACACGAAAGGCCAAAAAAAUAGUCUCGU